CUAGGCUCUACCGUCCAGAUCACACUGCCCACGACUCCACAAUCUAGGAGCAGGCCGGCCUCUGCUAGUCCCAACUCCCAACUAGCCAGCGCACACAGUAGCAGGGGAUCGAUCUUUGCUGUCUGAUCCAUCAGGAUCAUUCCAAGUUUGUCUGUCUCGGGCCGGGACACUGUUGUCGAGCAAGAAAACAAACAAGCAAGAUCGAGAUGGAGCAGCUUCCGAAGCGCGCGGCGAACUACGUGCCGCUGAGCCCGGUGGGGUUCCUGCCGCGGGCCAAUGCCGUGUACGGCGACCGGACGUCGCUCGUCUACGGCCGCCGCGUCCGGUUCACCUGGAGCCAGACUCACGACCGGUGCCGCCGCCUGGCCUCGUCCCUCCUGGCGCUCGGCGUCCGGAAGAACGACGUGGUGUCCGUCCUGGCGCCCAACGUGCCGGCAAUGUACGAGAUGCACUUCGCGGUGCCCAUGGCCGGCGCCGUGCUCAACACCGUCAACACCCGCCUCGACGCCAAGGCCGUGGCCGCCAUCCUGCGCCACUCGGAGGCCAAGCUCUUCUUCGUCGACUACGAGUACGUCCGCCUCGCCAGCGACGCGCUCCAGCUGCUCGUCUCUGACGGCGCGAGCCAGGUGCCGCUCGUGGCCGUCAUCGACGACCUCGACAGGCCGACGGGGGUCCGGCUGGGCGAGCUCGAGUACGAAGGGCUCGUCUCACGCGGCGACCCCACCGUGCAGCUGCCGAUGCUCGCUGACGAGUGGGACGCCGUCACGCUGAACUACACCUCUGGCACGACCUCGGCGCCCAAGGGCGUCGUGUACAGCCACCGGGGCGCGUACCUGAGCACCACGAGCCUGCUCAUGUCGUGGGAGAUGGGCGCCGAGCCGGUCUACCUGUGGACGCUCCCCAUGUUCCACUGCAACGGCUGGACCUUCACCUGGGGCGUGGCGGCACGGGGCGGCGUCAACGUGUGCAUCCGGGACGCGCGCGCCGCCGACGUGUACGGCGCCAUCGCGCGCCACGGGGUCACCCACAUGUGCUGCGCGCCCGUCGUGUUCAACAUCCUCCUCGAGGGCGCCGCUGCCACGUCGGCUCCAAAUCAGCGCCAGCUGGCGGCACCCGUCCACGUCCUCACCGGCGGGGCGCCGCCGCCGGCUGCGCUGCUGGAGCGCGUCGAGCGGAUCGGGUUCCACGUCACACACGCCUACGGGCUGACAGAAGCCACGGGCCCGGCCCUGGCUUGCGAGUGGCGGGCCCAGUGGGACCACCUGCCGGUAUCCGACCGGGCCCGCCUCAAGGCCCGGCAGGGCGUCAGCGUGCUCUCGCUCGCCGACGCCGACGUCAUCAACGAGGACACCAUGUCCAGCGUGCAGCGUGACGGCAAAGCCCUGGGCGAGAUCGUGCUGCGUGGCAGCAGCGUGAUGAAGGGGUACCUGAAGAACCCGGAGGCGAACGAGGCGGCGUUCAAGGGCGGGUGGUUCAUGACCGGGGACGUGGGCGUGGUGCACCCGGACGGGUACAUCGAGAUCAAGGACAGGUCCAAGGACGUGAUCAUCUCCGGCGGCGAGAACAUCUGCAGCAAGGAAGUCGAGGAGGCGCUCUUCGCGCACCCGGCUGUCGCCGACGCCGCCGUCGUCGCCAUGCCGCACCCGCACUGGGGCGAGACGCCAUGCGCCUUCGUCGUGCCCCGGAAGAAGGAGGACGGUGAUCAGAACGUCCAAGUGUGCGAGGAAGAAGUGGUCGAUUUCUGCCGGAAGCGCAUGGCGAGGUUCAUGGUGCCCCGGAAGGUGGUGCUCUGCGAGGCCUUGCCCAGGAACGCGCUCGGGAAGGUGGAGAAGGUCAAGCUCAGGGACGCGGCCAGGAAGCUGCAGCCGGCGCCGGCGCAGAAGACGACGACGUCCAACUCCAAGGGGAGUACUAAGGCGCCGGCGGGGAAGAGCGGCGGCGGGCGCCGGGAUGAGCAGAACCCGGUGGCGCAUGUCAUGGCCAUGUCAAGGCUGUAGAGCGCAUGUGUACUGCCGAUGCAGCUAGCACACGACAGCACCAUUGCCAAGUACUUGCUGUACGAUUCUACGGCCUCCUAGAUACGUUCUCUUCGUGAUACGGUACGACGAUACGAUGACGACUACGACCAUCGUGGCGAUCUCGCAGAUCAAUGGUCUACGCGUUGGUAAGAAAGAAAAAGUGGAGUACGAUUUUGGCACCAUGCAUGCGUGCCAAAUUAAGUUGCACAAAUUAAAUAAGCAAGUACGGCGUGUGGUUAAAGGAGAUUUGAACAAAAUUGGAUGUAAAAUGGACGAGGGUGUGCUUGUAUUAGUGGCACUGAGUUGUUCUUUAGUUUACUUUGUCUCGUGUAUAUGAAAAUUUCAGUACUUACGGUGUGCAUUCCAAGAUGUUUAGUCUGAAAAUGUGAAUGAAGUGGUUAAUUAUUGUGAAAUGAUAUCCCAAGUUGAUAGUC